GCAGAGGCGGCAGAAAGCAGCAGCAGUGGGAGGGUGUAUGUGUGUGUGCGCUCGCUCGGCUCGGCUCCACUGCUGCAGUCGGGCAUCAAUUUCAUAUAGGCACUGUGCAGAGAGUUCUCGCUAGCAUCAGAUCCUCAGCUGUGCUGCUCUCCUCUAUUAUCGUCUCUUCUCGUCUCCUCUCCUCCUGCCUCCUGCCGCUGGUUAUGGAGAACAGUUCUCAGCCUGCAGCACUGUCUGCCUCUGAGCCAUGGAGGCGAGGCAGAGGCUGUUUGUAGAGGCAUGUCGGCAUCUGAUUCUAGUGCAGCGCUUCUCAGUGCCAAGGGUUCGGCUGAUUCCUACACGAGUAGACCCUCGGACUCCGACCUGUCCCUGGAGGAGGAUAAGGAGGCGUCUCGGCGGGAAGCCGAGCGCCAGGCCGUGCUGCAGCUCGAAAGAGCCAAGUCCAAACCUGUGGCUUUUGCAGUGAAAACUAAUGUGAGCUACUGCGGGGCUCUCGAUGAGGACUGUCCUGUGCAGGGCGCCGCCAUCAACUUUGAAGCCAAAGACUUUCUCCACAUCAAAGAGAAGUACAAUAAUGACUGGUGGAUCGGACGGCUGGUAAAGGAAGGGGCUGACAUCAGCUUCAUCCCGAGUCCAGCCAAACUGGAGGCUAUGCGUCUCAAACAGGAGCUGAAAGCUGCACAGAGGAAAGCAGGAGGGAAUGCACAGUCAGGAGGCUGGAGGUCAACUCCUCCUUCAUCUGCCAAACAGAAGCAAAAGCAGACAGAGCACGUUCCACCAUAUGACGUUGUACCCUCCAUGAGGCCGGUUGUGCUGGUUGGACCCUCACUGAAAGGCUAUGAGGUGACAGACAUGAUGCAGAAAGCACUGUUUGACUUCCUAAAGCACAGGUUUGAUGGAAGAAUCUCUAUCACACGAGUGACUGCGGAUCUGUCGCUGGCCAAAAGGUCUGUGCUCAAUAAGAAAGCCAUUGUGGAGAGAUCCAACACACGCUCCAGCUUAGCCGAGGUCCAGAGUGAGAUAGAAAGGAUAUUUGAGCUGGCAAAGUCCUUGCAGUUGGUGGUACUUGAUGCAGACACCAUUAACCACCCAGCACAGCUGUCAAAGACGUCCCUCGCUCCCAUCAUCGUGUAUGUCAAAGUGUCGUCGCCAAAGGUUCUCCAAAGACUCAUCAAAUCCAGAGGAAAGUCUCAAAGCAAACACCUGAAUGUACAGAUGAUGGCAGGAGAUAAACUCGCCCAGUGUCCACCAGAAAUGUUUGACGUCAUUCUGGAUGAGAAUCAGCUGGAGGAUGCAUGUGAACACUUGGCAGAGUAUCUGGACAUCUACUGGCGUGCAACUCACCUGCCAAGCUCAGCCCCUGCAAACCCCCUCCUGGAGCAAAAGGUGGUAACCCCACCCUCAGGCAACUCCAGCCAACAGUUCUCUGAGACACAGGAAUUGAUUGAAUGAGUGCUGUCAAAGCUCUGGCUUACAGUACAGGUGGUGGAAAGUUCCAGUGCCUCCCUCAGUCCGUCUCUCAGAGGUCAGCCCCUCUCGGCCCCUGAAUGGAGCAGCUGUCCCCUGAGGGGGAGGAGGAUGGAGAGAAGAGGAUAUAUUAAGAAGAGGAUGAACUCCACCAUACCAGGCACACAGGAGGCACCACCUCGAUCCGUAACUAGCACAGCCGUGCGUGCCCCGUCUCCACGACUCAGGACCGCUCCACUGCAGCACAACUUACACACACAGAUGCAACACAAUACCUAGCAGCACACACUUGAGAGCCCUAUUCGGAUAGGAUUAAUUCUACAUGGGCUGUCGAUUCUUUACAGGUGCUACUCAGUGAUAUCAUAUUUUGUCCAGAUGGGCAGUCCCCUAAGACAAUUCCAGACAAAUAUACCUACUGGUCUGAUCCUUUUUAGUGAUUAGAUAUUUCUGCAGUUUGAUCUUUGCUGUUGUAAAAUGUUUACUUAUACAUGCUUCUAUGUGUGUUUAGUCUUCUAUGCUCUGACACACAGCAGUCCCAAUUAAUGGAUAGCUUGGAAAAGGUUUGACAUUGUGUAAUGACAAAAACAUAUUCAAUUUUAUAUCACUAUGAAAGCUAUAAAGCUUCAAAUUAGUUUCGUGCCACGAUAUUAUGACUGCAGUUUAUAAUAAUAACUCCACAUUAUAACUACUAGGAAAAAUCCUCUACUGCCAAUGGCAUAUAUGUGGUAUCCCUCAAGGAUCAGUCCUGAGUCCCCUUCUUUUUACCAUAUAUAUGCUUUCCCUUAGCCAGAUCAUCCACAAACAUGGUCUUAGCUUCCAGAGUUAAACAGACAGCACUCUCAGAGUAUCUCAGCGCAAUCGCCACCAAAGCUUUUCCUUCCACCUCUUAAACUGAAUGUAUUCAUGAUUACAUGAUAGAAAUUCAUGGAUGGAAACCAUCUUCCUUAAAUAACCCUUAAUCGUUACCCGCAAAACACUUUCAUUCAAAAUUCUCAUUUGACAUUGCUGGAGUCGUGUACAAAUCUAGAUCUAAUAUUGACAUCACACUAUUUUAAUUAGAUCUUCAUAUUAGGUCACUCAAGAAAGUCUUACUUCUCAAUCACAAAGCACUACAUGGCCUCGUCCUGCCUUAUCUGUCUGAGCUGCUACACCCCUACACCCCUGCCCAGACUCUCAGGUCAACUAAUACUGGUUUGCUAGUCACGCCCAAGACCAGACUGACAUCACUGGAAGGCAGAUCGUUGUGUGCUGUAGCCCCCAAAUUAAGGACUGCCAUCCCCCAGGACCUUCCUGACUGCACUUACUUCUUUGUUUAAAUAAUUUCUUUCUCCACCAACAUUUUUCCCUUCCUUCUCCCCAAUAGGACUAUGUUUUGUUAAUACGUAGAUGUUUGUAUUGUGUCCUUGAGUGUUAGAAAGAUGUUAUAUUAAAUGGAAAGCACUAUUAUUAUUAUUAUUAUUAUUAUUAUUAUUAUUAUUAUUAUUAAUAGUCAUACCAUGUAUCCAUGGUAAAAAAGAUACAGUAAUUAGGUUGCAAAUGUUUUCGAAAACAAGGCAUACAAAUAUUUUACUACAGACUUCAGAGAGAGAAACCCAUGCCAUCCGAAUAGGGCUAUUCAAACACUUUCACAUACAAACAAACACACACAUAACCACAUACACACACACACACACUUUCUCAAGUACCUGUGAGUACACAUUUGCAUAUAAACCAACACAUAUACACAAAUAGACAUAUAUGCAUAUACACACAAACACACACAUCACCCUUGGUCUGAAUGGUCACACUGAGAGUUGGAUUGAGAGCCACAGGGCUUUUCCCAGCUCCUGGGUGAAACCUUCUGUCUGCGGUUUUCUGCCAACCUGCCACUGCUCUCUGUGGUGAAGUUGGCACUGACAUCAGAGGGUCACCACAUUUUCCCACAGAGAGGAGCGCCUAUCACAUCCUCUUACCGUACUGCCAAUCUGGUCUCACACACACAUGUACACACACAAACAUACACAUCACCUCCUGCCCAACUACUGCCCUGCUGCUUGCCCACACCAUCUUCCUGCUCACUAUAAUUUAUUUAUGUGCUGAAAUUGCCCAACACAACUGGCUCUUCAAUAAUAAAGCAUAAGCCUAUAUUUAUUCAGCACAACCACUGAGAGGAUACAGCAGUGAUAAGAACUCAGUCAUUUUCUUAGUCUCAGAAUGAUUUAUGUUAGAAAUUAAGUUAGCAGAAGUCUCUAUCCAGUUCUCCGAUGAGUGAUAUGCACAAACUAUAUACAGCAUCUAAAUCUCAGAAUGAGCUAAAAAGACCCCACAAAGGCCAUUCCUUUUUUCUCCUCCAUACAAAGAGGCCAUCCAUUAUUAGUAGUACUUUACAAUGGAAAUCGUACUAACAUAAGCUUGAAAUAAAUGAAGCCCCUUUGAAACUUGAAGCCCCUUCGUUGGUCAAAAGAACAUAUCUAUAGAUGUGACAACUUUUACAUAAAUGGCCUGGCAAAGAAAAGGUUAUCUUAACAAUUAUCUAGCUAGCUAAUGGGAACUACAGAUUAGCACUACAAUGGAAUCUAAAAUAUAAUCGAAUUCAAGUCAAAUGUUCUGUCAUAUCUAUGCCCAGGUAUACAGUAGAAAACUACUUUAAAACAUAUUAACAUGUCAUUUUUCUUCUUGUCGAGAAUUCCAGCUUUGGCCUUCCUUAUAUGGAGUUACACGUUUGACUCUAGGACAUCCAGCUAGUAUGUAAUGAAACAAAUUGCAUUCCUAAUAUUUUGUUUCUUAUCUGUUUUUAAUAACCAGCAACCAUUUACUGACCAAGCAUAGGAUGUUUAGGCACCAUUUAAAUCUGGUAUUGAGUUGUGCACCUCCCAGUGAAUAACAAACCAAAUAUAUGACACAGAUCUCCUAAACAGGCACCCUAAAUGCUAGGAGAUGAGGCAGUGGAAUGACUUCAGAAUGGCCCUAAUAAAACCAAUGAAAAUACUCUCCAGGUGAGCAGCACCUCAAAUUAUCCCAGAGCUGUGUUAAUUUCUUUGGAAAAGUCCUUUAGAAAGAUUUUAGAAUAGGCAGGCAGGGGGGUUUGAAGACUUGAUAAGGAAGACAUGUGGUUGGAAGGGCUACCGGCUUACCUCAGCUAGUAUAAAAGGAGAAAAGGUGCCAUUAGAAUUGCGGUGGUUGUUUUACUUGAUGGGAAAGAAGGAAAAGAGUAAGAGAACAAAAAAAAUACACUAGAGAUAACAGUGGAUGGUUAACUGCCAGCCUAGUAUUUAGUACAAGGCUUACCAGUGACUGUAGAAUUCAGAUGGUUGUGGGUUUAUUAGUUGCUGUGCAUUGGAAGGUUUUGUAUCAACUAGAACAUGGUAGGAGCUGAGGAAAGUAAGUGGGAAAAGUACUAUGAAAGAGGGUACAAAUGGGUGUCCAGACAAUAAUGUAGCAGUAGUAGUUGUCCAUUGUACACAUGAGGAUAUUAUGGCCAUUGCAUAGGGUAUUGGGCAAAAUAGAAGACUCGGUUGGAAUGAUGGAUAGGUUAAACAUCUCUCACUCUGGCCCUGCUGCUGUUUGGGCUCACAUCUUGUCGAGCAGAGCUGCAGGAUGCCACAGAUGGCCUCUUCAAAUCAGCUGGUCCUCUGAGCCAGGAAGUGUUGCCUGCUCUUAGGGUUUGAUGUGAGGUGUGCUCUGAGGACAUCCAGUCAAAUGCUUGUGCUUUUUUUUGUUGUGCUGCUCACUCAGAACAGGUAGAUAGAUGUGCUCAGAUAGAAGUCUGCCAAAGAGUUCUGCUGGCACUUUGUGAAAUGCUGCGAAGCAUUCUGCUGGCACUUUGCACAGGUGCUUCUCCUUUUUAGAAAUCCCAUCAAGAAUUGUAGGGAGUCUAUACACUGUCUAUAAAUGAGAUUUCUUUGUUCUUCAUGAGGUUGAUACUGUCUGGACAGAGCUCAGAAGCUUCUUUGGCUUCCUGGUGCCACUUUUUGAGCUACAGGACUUUGUCUUGUCCAGUCUUCCAAAGUAUUUUUAUAUCGCAGGCACACCUCCACAUUCAGCUGAUCUAACUUAUCCUCCACCUGCCGUUUUUCCGACUCCAGCUUGUACAACAGCUCUUCAACGUCUUAUAUUUAAUCAUUGAUACUUCAUCAGCAUGUGCCUUAUAUCACUCUGAUGCAAUUCCAUGCCAUAGAUAUCAUCCUUGGCUGACUACACAACUGGGGAAGCAGAAGUACUGGCACAUGGCCACCUGCUCAGACUCAGUGAUACAGCCUGUAUACAGGCCUGCAUGUUCUCAGCAUCUGUCAGCAAAUGCCUGGAAGUUCUUCGCUUGAAGGUGUUUUAAUGUGUGAUUGUCAACAUGUCAACAUAACUUCUUUAAGAUAUUGGGUCACUGAACUUCUUUAAGAUAGCGGUUUUAGUUUUAGUUAGAUUUUCUUCUAAAGACUGGGCCUGUUUGUAGGCCUGAUAACAUUCUUUGGCUCAGACCUCUUUAAUAUGGCCCUGGCAGAGGCUGUGAUUGCAUGGCAACUCAACAAACACAUCCAGAUAUAUAGGGCAGAUGAGCUUCUCCUCAGAACAAAUCUUCUAGGUCUCAGUCAUCCCAGCUGCCUGGGUAGAAGACAUACAGGCCAGUUUUAUGUCAGAGGAUUUAUGAAACUAGGUAAAAGGCCUAUAAAGAUCUGCUAGAUAGUUGUUGAUAAGCCUAUAUGAAUGGGUUAGAGGAGCCAGUGUUCAGUCAAAUUCUGAAACUCAACAAUUACAAUUACAGAUUAUAACAGACAUGUUACUGAAAAUCUGUGGUGCUUUAUAAGAAACUAAAGGAGGCGUAACUCUCCAAUAUGAGAAGGCUUUCUCCCCACAAGAAAUAUUAUUUCGGCUGUAAGAGUAUGCUUGUUAAAUAAGAAAACAACUGCAGACAUAAUUAAUAUGAUAUCCCAGGCAAUUUUGUAGAACAUUAUGAAAAAAAAACAGAGUCUAGAGUCUAGAAAAUAAUAAAUAGCCAACACAUUACUCUACGCAUUUAAAUAAUGAGCCUAGUGUUUGAAUAAUUGGAUUAUGAUCAGUGGAGGUCAGUGAAAAUUAUUUUACAGUUAAAGUGAUCCUUGGCUGGAAAAAAAACCCCACUUAUUUUAUCAAGCACCAAUCUAACCUCCUCUUACUAUCUUUAGUUUUCCGCCGCUCCAUAGGGAAAUUCUAAGAUGAUUCACGGUACACCAAACAACAAUCAUGUGACCCAAACUCUCUCAUACACUUAUUAUCACCUUGUCAUAAACACUAAAGGACAAAACAGUAACCAAAAAAAAAGACAACACAACAAUUUUCAGGUUAUAAUUGUAGAAGCUCUUCUUACAGUUACCCAACUGUGUGGUACACGUGACAAGAAAACUAAAUAGUGAUACUGAAAUAACAGGACAGAAAGAAAAUAGAUAAUAAUGCAUGGCCUCUCUGGACAGUAAAUAUAUACUGAAUAAAUACUAAAUGGCAUUAUUACAUACAAUGCAACUUUUAAUUACUCUUUUUAUUUAUUACUGAGGCAAUAAGACACCAGUUUAAAGGAUUAGUGGCAACACAUUACAAUACUGUUCAAUUUCUCUAUGCAGGAAGGAACAAGUAGCACUAUAUUCACACAUUAGUCACUAUUAUUAACUACUAAUGAAUACUAGGCAAUUAUUUAACAUGUAAUAAUAAUGGAAUGGCUUGGGUAGUUUUGUGAGUAGUAAUUACCCAGUUAGUCAGUUAGUUAUCACUUUUAUGAUCAACAUAUGGCUUUGAUUAUGAUUGGUGAUUAUUAUCACACUCCUGAAGAAAAGAAUCAUGGGAGUUACAAACUCUGUUCUACUAGACGUUAGAGCAUUAGCCAGAGCGUCAUUUGUGGGCCAAAUUGUUCCGGUUCCUGCUUAGUUCCUGUAAAGCUAUCUCUGAGUUACUGUACACUAUCGUAAAGUGUUAACUAAAGACUUACACAACCUCCUCCAACCCCACAUGUAAUAUUACAACAAGGACAUCAUUUGCUUCUUUAGUUUUGCCCUGUGAAGCUAACAAGUAAGAGAAGUCUAACUCAAACAAAAUCUUUUCCAUAAAUGCAUGCACAAGCCUUUAUAUACUUGCUUCGAAUGGCAUCAUCGAGCUGAAUUAUGUUACUUUCUACAGCAUGACUCAAUUCUUGAAUCAGAAAGUGUUUAAUUUUAUAUUACUUCGGCUCAAUCAGUAUUUCCUUGCUGUAACAGAAAUGAUAGAUUUAUAUUAACAUGCUCUUUCUAAUAUGUUCUCGUUCCUUUAAUAACAGCUUGCACACAGGAACUUGGCUUACAAUCAAAAUGUAUGAUUUUCUGUCAUGUACCUUUAAGGAAAGGAAUUUCCAGUUUCUUGGGAUCUUUUCGAUCUGUUUUUUUAGUUGUUUGUUUUUAUUAACAGAGCUAUUUUAAAGAAGAGGCUGGUGUGGAAACACUUGUGUAUAUAGCUGCCAUAAUGCAAGCGGUAACAGGAACUUAUUUGUCUCAGUAAUGUUCCAUAACGUCAAACAUACAUUAUUUGGUAAAACAAAAGGGUAAUGUGUUCACGUUAAAAUUUAUUUGCUGUGGAAUAAGAGGGAUAACACACGUCAGGCUGUGCUGUAACAGGACAUUAACCCACUUUGGGUUGAUAACAGUCUCACAUCAUCCCAUCGUGGAUUAUUUUCCUAUAACAGCGUGACUGUUAAAAUAUAAUUAUUCCGGUUUAAGUGACAAAACCCUACCUUCAACCUUUUCCAGAGGUGUAAUGAUGCCAAUCUGCAUCAAGCUGAAUACUGAUUCUUGGUAUUUAUCUAUCUCUCAUCUUUACAGUAAGCCAUGGGAAAGAUUUUGGUUGGAGCUUACUUGUUCCUAUCUAUGUUAACGGAUUACAUUUAGAAUCAAUGUAAAGUUGUGUAGAUUUUUGAAAUAUCAUACUCAUCCAUCUCCUGUAAGCACUUUAUCCUGGUCAGGGUUGUGGUGGAGCUGGAGCCUGUCCCAAAAUUCAUCUUCUGAGUUGUAUCAUGUGUGUAAAUACACUGCCAGUCAAAGGUUUUUUUUUUGAGCACUCGGAGUUUCUUCUUGCCGUCUUAAUAUCUGACACACAGCAAUUGAGUAACGAAAGCUAAAUCUUUGUGGAACUGUUUGCUCAGAUCCUAAUGGGACUCAAAAUGAGUGUUAUAUUAAAGGCAGACACACUUGGAGGCUAAAUCUGUGGAGCCAAUAAAAGAAAUACAUACACUGGGCUAAUAUUAGCUGUAAAACAUAAAUAUGUGCUACUGUAUGAGAGUAUUUUGAUUACAUCUCGAUUAUGUCGCUAUAAUUGAAUAUUUGUCAAUUCCCUAAGCAAUUCCGUUCUUAAAGCUAUUUCUUGUUUAGAUUUUCAGUCAGAGUUCUUGAUCAAAUAUACAGGGUGCAAAAACUUAUGACUGGCAGCAUAUAUGACUUUUGUUUUUAAACACACAGAUUUUAAAAAAUAUGCCGAUCUUCAGUAGAGAUCAGCAUAUGGAGAUCUAUUUGGAGACUGUACGAAAAAUUCACAAACGUUGCUGGAAAUCCAACCGGCGCAGUCACGUUCCUGAUGCUCUUCGUUUCCUCUUUCUUGCCUGCUGUUUUCCGCACAAAGUACAUGCACACGGGAGGGAAUGUAUCUUCAAAUUCACAGAAUAAAUAUAUUUACUUGCAAGACAAUCUUUCAGCUAAUCUACCACUAAUGUAACCUACCGUAUACAUGUAGAUCUCGAUCAUUCUGUAUAGUAUCGUUCAUUAAGAGCAUGCAUUCCUACUUCUCUUACUCCAGGGGAGGUUUUUGCAGGUUUGCUUCGCGCCCCACACAUGUAUAGAACAAAGCCUGCCAGGAACCAUCAGAGCCGACUCGGUACAGACUGCUCGUGUAUAUACAAUAAACUGUUAACGCUAAAGGAAUAUCGCACCCAGAAAUGCUAUACUGCUUAAAAUGACUCACUUUCUAGCUAAGCGUUCUCCGUUCCUUAUUGUUUUUUUUUUAGCAUUCAUGAGUACAAAUAUUCCUUUCGUAAUUUUUAAGCACAUGUAUUUAUGCAUAUAGACACAUAUGACAAAAAAAUAAAUAAAUUGCAAAAUAAUUCUACACUUCAUCCUACACAUGUACUAUAUCGUUAUUUAUCUCUGGCACUAAAGUUGUUUGGGACCAUGCAAAUCUACUGCUAGUUCUUCUUAGGAAAUGUGGUUUGAAAAGCAACUUGCAAGUGACACUUGAAGCACAGCAAAAUCUGUUCUUCCUACUAGAUGGCGUCUACUAAACACCAACACCGGGUGAUGUCUUCUUGCGACACAAGAUGCAUUUGGAAUUCUAGGUUUUUGUUUGGGUUAUCUAUGUUGUUGUUUUUUUUCCACACGGAUAAAUUCUGUAUGCAAUACAAAGACAAGCAGAGAUAGACGUAGACACUAUAGUACCGAGAUGGAAAUCUAUACAAUUGCACUGUUUUCUUUCUUUCUUUCUUUCUUUCUUUCUUUCUUUCUUUCUUUCUUUCUUUCUUUCUUUCUUUCUUUCUUUUUUCUUUUUUAAAGAAUCUGCUUUACAAUGCAAGAAAUGCACUAUGUAUAUCUAUGUGUAUAUCCUCUUCUGAUAGUUUAUACAGUGUAUGACAAAACAAAAAAGGCAUCCACUAAUAACCACUUGAACACAAAUUCAGAUUAAAAAGCUAUUAUCCUAGACCCUGCACUGUAUGGAUUCUCUGCUCUCAAAGUUAAAAAAAAAUGAUGAUAAUAAUAAUAACAAUAAUAAUAAUAAAGAUGAAAUACGAUAUAA